AUGGACAAAAAUCGCUUGCAACGCCAGCUUGACAUGAAGAGGUCCCUCAUUGAUCAGGGGUACCUUGAUGAGCAAUUUAUCCAGCUUGAGGAAUUGCAAGACGAGGACAGCCCUAAUUUUGUAGAGGAUAUGGUGACAAUGUUCUAUAACAAUUCAGCUAGGCUGCUAGAAAACAUAGAACAAGCACUGGUUACUGGGCCUAUUGAUUUCCCUAAGCUGGACGAUUAUAUGCACCAAUUCAAAGGUAGUAGCUCAAGCAUUGGAGCUACUAGAGUGAAGAACGAAUGCACACGAUUCCUAGAACACUGCACGGCCGGAAAUGCGGAAGGAUGCGUUAGGACUUUCCUACGAGUCAAACAAGAGCAUGCAAUUUUGAGGACGAAGCUGGAAACUUAUUUUCAGUUGGCAAGACAAGCUGGAUCAUCUGCAUCUGGAGGAGCCAAAGCCAGAUGAUGAAUUUAUCUGAAGGAAGAUUUAUGAUCAUUUUAC